AUGGACUUGGCAAAUACGUAUUGCUAUUCGCCGGAAUCCAUUGGAACCCCUGGAAUAUGGGGUGUAAAUGUUUUCGACUACAUGCUUCCUGUCUUUGUGGGUCAAUUGCUUCUAGUUAUCUUCAUUAGCCGAAUGCUGUGGUUCCUUCUUAAGCCUUUCCGGCAGCCCAAAGUCAUCGCUGAGAUUAUUGCCGGCGCGCUUCUGGGCCCAUCAAAUCUCGGGUUUUUCUACAACAAGGCAUAUCUUCUUUUGCCGGACCAGAACUACGUGCUACUGGACACGGCGGCCAACUUCGCCCUCACCUAUUAUAUGUUCAUCGUGGCUGUCGACCUGGACGUGCGCACCAUCUGGGGGAUGGAGAAGAAGGUGCUGAUCAUUGCGGUGGUUGGCAUCGUCCUUGCCUUCGUCGUCAGCUUCACCUCUGCCCACGCCCUCGGCCUCAACCCCGACAUCACGUUGAUAAGCGACAAAAUAAGCAACGACAAGAAGCAGAUCCCUUUCCUCCUCUUCUUCAGCCUCGCCAUAUCCAUCACUGGCUUGCCGGUCCUCACUCGUAUAAUCACUGAGCUCAAUCUCCUCAACUCGCCGCUCGGGCCCCUCUCGAUGGCCUCUGCCAUCCUCAACGACAUGUUCGCCUGGAUCCUUCUCGCCGUCGCACUGGUCGCCACCGGUGACAAGGACGGCAAGCCGGUCUCGUUGCUUGUGCCGCUGUGGGUCACCCUCGCAACCGCGGCAUUCGUGCUCGUGUGCUUCUACGUGGUCCGGCCGGUCAUCGUAUGGAUGGCGCGGCGGACGCCAGAGGGCGAGCGGAUGAGCGAUUUCCACCUCGGGAUCAUCCUGGCCGGCGUGCCGGCGGCCGGGUUCCUUUCUGACCUCAUCGGGAUCCACAGUCUCUUCGGCAGCUUCAUCUACGGGCUCGCGAUGCCCGCCGGGCCGCUCACCGCGCAUUUGAUCGAGCGGAUGGAGCCGUUCCUGGAGAACGUUCUGCUGCCGCUCUUCUUCGCCUACAGCGGGUACAGGACCAACAUUUACACCGUCCUGCCGCUUUGGGCCAUCUCCAGCUUGGCCGCCGUUGUCGUCUUCUCUACCUUGGCCAAGGUGGUGGGCACCAUUAUCGUCGCCAUGUUCUAUUCCAUGUCCUUCCGCGAUAGCUUAGCACUAGGCUUCCUCACGAGCGUCAAGGGCCCCGUUGAGAUGAUCAUCCUUAACGUCGCCAUCGAUAAAAAUGUCCUUAGGGGGGAUAUGUUCGCGGUGAUACUCGUUGCAUCGGUGAUAACGAUGGCCUUGGUGGUGCCGGUGGCGACGCUGGCGUACAUCAAGCCACCGAAGCCACUGUCGGCGUACCGUCGCCGGAAUAUCCAAGGGGUGAGGCGGGAUGUGGAGCUCCGGAUGCUAGCCUGCAUCCACAACACCCGCCACGUCCACUCCCUCACUCGCCUCCUCGACGUCUCCAAACCCUCCAAGCGCUCCCCCAUCUUCGUCUAUGCCCUCCACCUCGUCGACGUCGCAGGCCGCGUCUCCUCCAUGCCCAUCAUGCACCCCUCCGCCGGCUACUCCCACUAUGGCCACCACCACCGCCCCUCCCUCCCUUACGGCAUAGCCCAAUCUGAGAGCAUCCUCGCCGCCAUUGAGGGCUACAAGCAGCACUCCCCAGGCAUCUCC